CUUCAUCUAUCAAUUUCUUCAAUCGAUAGGAAGUAAUACUAAUGUAUGAAGCUUCUCUUGUCGACUAGGUUGUAGCGCAAAAUUGAUCUAUUAACUAAUCGCAAUUUAAUGCAUUCUUUCAAUGUGGUGAUUAGGGUGAAAAUGGCGUUGGCGAAGCCUCGAAAUUUUCCAGCAUGAUGUCUCGAAUAUAAUGUCGUUCUGAGGUCGCGAUUGCUGCAUGCUGUUGUCCGGGUGUAAAAGUUUUAGGCGUUUGUCGUUCUCGUCCUCUUGCGAGUCAGACAGCAUCACGAUGGGUCGGUCGCGCGAUCGUGGAAGGAGGGGCACGGGCCGAUUCCGGUUCGACUCGCCGCCUAAGGACAGCAAUGGCAAUCCAAUUUUUAACACGCCAGCAGCCUCUCUCAGCCAGCAGGCGGGCGGGGCGGGGGCUGAUGGCGUGCCGUCGGCGCUGGCCUUGACAGCGGCGUCCGCGAGCAUUUUCAACGUGUGGAACGUGCGGCCGGACCCAAUCGUGACUAACUUUCCACAACUCCAGAACGUUGUUAGCGCUUCACGGGAAGCCCAGCUUGCCGUAGACUGCCAAAUGAGCUUGGCAGAGUUGUACUUUGCGAAUCUCCCACCAGGUAUUUCCAUUGCGCAACUGCGGCAUUUUGUCGACACGGCGGCGCGUACCUUAGGCAUAGGCCCGAAAACAGCAGCAAAGACUCUGCCGAGUAGCACAAAAGAAAAGGACGAGAGUCGAAGUCGGAGCCGAGACCGGGAGAAGCAAGAACAACCGAAGACGGGGGUUGUGGAAGCCAUCGCAUUAGGUAUACACUUACUUUCCUUUUAUGUGUUGAGCAGUGUCGUGCUGGAUAGAGUUGUGAGCAGUGCCGCACUGAUGAUAGAAGUGUCGUGCGGAUAGAAGAUGAAGGAACUAGUACAAUUUUUUACUAGAAGUAGAAAAAUAUCAAAGGUUCUUGAGUCUUUUUCUGUGUGACGAAAGUAGAUAAAUCACAAUCACUCUUUUCUAUACUCUGUCGUACAGCCGGCAACGGUCGCAAUUUUGCAUGGGUGACAUUUCAGAAGGACCGGUGGGCCAUGCUUUGUCUUCAGCUUCACGGUCUUUUUUUGUGUGGACGCAAAAUCCGCGUGGGUCGCACCUAUGCGCAGGUGCGCGACGGGGUGGAGGAGCGACAGAUACUGCAGCGAGAGAGCGAGAGGCUUGCCCAGCCGCUGACCGUGGCGGAAAUGCAACGCGUUUCGGUGCAGCUCCAGCAACAGCAACAGCAGGGGCAAGAGUUGCAGCAGGCUGCGGUGAGUGGAGGUCUGCUCGCACAGCCUCUCGGCAUACUAGGGGACGAAAAGCUGUGCCUACACAAUAUUCCGACGCAAGUACCCGAGGAGAAAAUAACGCAACUAUUGAAAACCUUUGGGCACCUAAAAUAUUUCCAGACGAUACAAGUAGACGGAGAGGAGACCAAAGCCGCGUUUUUUCAGUUUGAAGAUUUUCUGACACAGAAGAGUGCCCCUAGCACGCUGAAAGGGCUUACGCUCGGCGGGCGCGACCUCAAGGUGAUCACACCGGAAGACGCUUUCAAGCUCGGCCUCGGCAAAGGCAAAAUCUCAGUCGGCGAUCGGGUCAUCCCGACGAGAAUACUGUACAUCAGCAACUUCAUGACCGAUGAAGAACUGCGAUCCGAUGAAGACUACGACGAAAUAUGUGGAGACAUUAAGGUCGAGUGCGAAUGCUACGGUAUAACAUAUAUUAUAUAUUAAAAGAUUCGUUUUAGACCACCUUUUUUUCUCUUCGAAAUCAAUGAAAAAAGAAAAAUGUCUCACAGUGAAUAAACAUAAAGACUCUUGAUUCAUCUGCUUUCUAUCCCGUCACCAGGUCGUGUCCUAGAAAUGGUCGUUCCCCGCCCUCAGACGGACGCGGAAGCGGAAAAGGAUCCUGAUCUACAGUACGAGAUGAAUCGGCAGCGCGGUGUAGGUUGGGGUUUCAUCGAGUUCGAGGACGUCGUCGCAGCGAGUAAGGCGAAGCGUGAUUUUGAUGGUCGAAAGUUUGGGGAGUUUCGAAUGGGCGCGAAUUUUCUCAACGAAAGGCAGUGGAGGACGCGCGAUUUUAGAAAUAUUCAGCCGAAUACGGAAGCACAAGACGUGAUCGACGACGAGGAAGAGGAAAUGGACAUGAGCUCUUAAUUAUAGCCACGCUCCGAGGUUUGCGAUUAUCUACCGUUCAGCAAGCAGUAGAGGGGAUGAAGAUCAUGACUGAGAUUAUUGAUUCAGCUCCCUCUCUACCAGUGUAGCUUUGGCAUCUGUACGUACUAGGCGAGCUGUGUGUCCUCCCUUCUUCAAGGCCAUCUCCGUGUGUGAAAAGCACAGCGUUGUCCCAUGAACGGCAUGAGCGAUUUAGAAGCUUGAUAUUGGUCAUUUCCAUCGCGGCUGCCCAAAGCGUCUGAAGCGCCGACGGGGCAAUUAUACAGUUUACAGCGAAUUCCGUACGGCGCCAGGGAGAGAACCGACGUGAAGGGAAGUAUUGCAUCGCCGCGACAAGUUUGGCCAAGGUCACGAGAAGGUGAACGCCAUUACAGAUUCAGUUUUGCAGCUUCAGUGUUUCGGUCUCGAUCCCCGUUUCUCGCCAUUGGUUUACAUACCAGGCAUCCUCUCUCCACUUCAUGAAUCCUGCUAUUAAGGAGCAAAUUAGUACAUGAAUUUUCCUCCAGCCUCACCUCAUUUGCCUCAAGAACUUUCCUCAUUGGCUCCCAUCCUCCUGUUCUCGCCUCUUAGUACUGUACUUUCGACGCAAUUCAUAUUCAUUACCACUCUUGUGAAGGUACGCCUACUCAGUAAUCAGAACAUGACCUAUGUCUAUCUGUCAAUCCGCAAGAAAAGGGCCUGAAAUGAAUUUUGUGGAUCGCCUCAGCCAUUGUACAUGGCUCCACUAAGCCUGCAAAAGAAUUACUGGCGUUUUUCUCUUAUGAUAAGCACGUAUUUCUGGGCCAGCGAGGGUGAAUGUUGGAAAAAAUGAGACAAUCUGGAAAAGACCAAGAAACGCAGAAACAUUGAAGAAUCUUAAUCAUGGUCUUCAGUCUAACCAUUCGCUAACAAGAAUCAAGAAAGGAAAAAUUUUGAAUGAGAAAAUCCUAGUCUCCAUCUUCUCCUCAAGAAU